AUGUUAAAAUUUCCCAUUCGACUAUUCAAACGGUCCUCUACUCCGCGAGCCAACAGCCAGGAGGACAACAAAUCCGAGCUAUUAUCGUCAUUUGAGCAAUUUCCAAAAAUUUGUCGAACUGAUGAGACUAAAGCGCGUUCUGAUUCGGCGGAGCCAGGAUCAUAUAAUCGGCGAUGUCAUUCAUUGAUACAAGAAGCAAGUCCAAGGCUUACAAAAUAUGGAAAACUAUUAGGAUCCGUGGACGAAGGCGAAAUAAAAGGAACGAAAAAUGAAAUCAAAGAAGUGAACGGGAGAGGCAAGAGUGAAAUUAGUCUUGGCUCCAGGAAAUUUGAUAUUAAAAUUUCCGAAAGAUAUGAGGUCAAUCAAAUGCCGUUACCAUAUACAGUGCCAAGUGAGAAAAUUACUGAAACUCCGUUGCUAGCUUCCUCCCACAGCAGAUUACUUUUUCCAAGAAAUAAGAAACUAUGUGGGAAUGAAGUAAAAAGAGAGCUUGAUCAAGCUCCUGAGCCCUUAGAACAUAGUAAGCAAGACCCAUUAAUCUCCGUGAGCCCAACUGUGCUGAUUACCCGAGCAGAUAGUCGAGAAAUGGAUUACGUGGAUCCAUUUCUUCAUAAAGAACUUUUCCCAAAAAACCCAACUCACCCUUCGGAAAAAAACAGAGAUUCGACAGAGGAAGGAAAGGAUGAAUUCAACUUGCGUAAGGAAGAAGAGGUAGAGGCACAUAUUAGCACAAAAGUUGAACCAGCAGAAGAUAAAAGAGGCUGGCAGGCCAGGCAUACAUUUUGCAAAUUGAAGACUCCUUUGCUUUCGGCUUCCAGAACUAGAGCAUUUUCCACUCCUCUUCCUAGCUCUAUAUUUGAUCAAAUGAGCCACGGCCGCAUGCUCAUCGAGGACCUUGUUAUCUGCCAAGACGCAAGG